GUAACGUUCUGGUGAAAGCAGAUUAGCGAUGUGAAUGUGGGACAUUCCCGCACUCCUCAGGGUUAUAGAGGACCAAACACGUGGUCAGUCGAGUCACUCUCACUUCUUAACUCAGACUGUGUGAGCUGUAGCGCAGAUCUAACGGGAUCGCUUCAGAAAUCACACCGAUCAUCAAACAGGAUUUUACAAUGCAGACACGAGCACUGGUUUAUAACGCAUCAUUACGGAUUAACGAAAGAAGACGACAAACGUUUAAAGUAACGCUGUGUCGCUUUUUUACGUGUUUUCUGUAUUUAUCAUGGGUCUCGAAAGUCGAGGGUAGUAACUGCUCUUUUCUUGAGUUGAACCCACCGAUUGUUGUUGUGGAGUACGGCAGCUCCGUUUCAGUGGAUUGUAGCACUGAUGUCACACAUGAUGGGAUGGGCUGGGAAGCCAGUGAAGGAUCAGUAUCCAUGACCAAAGACAAACUGAUCACCUGGAGAGUGUCUAACCUGAGACAAUGGGACAUACGGCCACAGUGCUACAUAAACUACAAUAGGAAACAAUGCGAAACUUUUCUCCCAAUAACUAUUUACAAGACUCCAGAUAGUGUCUCCAUCAACACACUAUCGGUCGUGAAUCAAACAGUGACUGAAGGAUCCCAGAAUGAGCUCCAGUGUAACAUCAGUAAUGUGGCUCCUGUUAAGGGACUAAUUGUGAAAUGGUUUAAAGGAGAGACAGAAGUGAAAACUGAGACCUUCAUUAACACCACCAAGACUCCAGUGAAUGAAACAUCUACACUUGUGAUCACUGCAGACAGAGAUGAUGAUGGAGCUCAGUACAGAUGUGAAGCAGAGCUGGAACUGGGAGCAGAUGGACCUCAACCUCCUCCUAAAGUGACAUCAGAGCCUUUCAACAUCAACGUACACUUUAAACCAGCCAUCAAUGAGACCAAACUGCCCUCCACAGUGUCUGUGAUUCGAGGCUAUCCUUUGUGGCUUGUUUGUGAAGCAGACGGCAACCCAACACCAAAUAUCAGCUGGAGCAAUGGCAGUAGCAGUACAUUGGAAACAUCAAAUGGAAUUCUUACUCUGGAUGAAGUUUCAGAUGAAGCGUUUUACACAUGCACUGCAGUCAACACUGUUAACACAACCACACGAAUAGUAAAAGUGGUCAUAACAGAUGUUUAUAUCAAACAAGUGAAUCACACAGGACCAAUGAUAGAGGGGUCACAGUAUGAGCUCCAGUGUGACAUUGUGAAUGUGGCUCAUGUUAAGAGUCUCACUGUGAAAUGGUUUAAAGGAGAGAGAGAGUUACAAAGUGAGACCUUCAAUGACACCACGAAGACUCCAGUGAAAUCUAAACUACAGAUUACCGCAAACAGAUCUGAUAAUGGAACUCAGUGCAGAUGUGAAGCAGAGAUGAAUGUUGAACCAGCAGCUCAAAAUGGUUCAACGUUGAAAUCCAAAUCUUUCACCAUUGAAGUUUAUUUUAAACCAGUCAUCAAUGUGGACAAACUGCCCUCUCAAGUGCCUAUAUUUCGAGGCUAUCCUGUGGUGCUUUCUUGUGAAGCAGAUGGUUACCCAACACCAGAGAUCAGCUGGAAAAUCAACCACAAUGUUUUAGUUAAAGGUGGAACUCUUAAUAUAACAGAGGCAGCAUCCCAGAACAUUAUCUGCAUUGCAAACAAUGCUGUUGGCAAUGACAGCAGAGAAGUUAAAGUGGUCCUAACAGGCCCUUCAAGUAUUGAUAUCAAACCAGUGAAUCACACAGGACCAAUGAUAAAUGGCUCGGAGUAUGAGCUUCAGUGUGACAUUGUGAAUGUGGCUCCUGUUAAGAGUCUCACUGUGAAAUGGUUUAAAGGAGAGAAAGAGGUGCAUAAUAAGACCUUCAAGACACCAUCAGUGAAUGAAACAUCUAUACUAAAGAUCACUGCAAACAGAUCUGAAAUUGGAAUUGAGUACAGAUGUGAAGCAGAGAUGACAGCUGAACCAGCAGCUCAAAAUAUUUCACGAUUGAAAUCAAACUUUACAGUUCAGUUUAAACCAGUCAUCAAUGAGACCAAACUGCCCUCUGAAGUGCCUGUGUUUCGAGGCUAUCCUGUGGUGCUCACUUGUGAAGCAAAUGGUAACCCAACACCAGAGAUCAGAUGGAAAACCAACCCCAACAAUAUAGUUAAUGGUGAAAAUCUUACAAUAACAGAAGCAAUAUCCCAGAACCCUGUCUGCAUCGCAAACAAUCCUUUUGGCACAGUCCACAGAGAAGUAAACGUGGUCCUAACAGAGGACUACCUACCUUUGAUCGCAGGGCUUGUUGCUAUCACAGUGGCGGUCAUCUCAGUUAUCUUCAUCUUCAUCUACUCCAUCUACUACAAGACAGCCAAGAUGGGCCAUUAUACCUUGAAGGACACCAAACCUUGCACACAAAAUGGAAAGAUAGCACUGAAUGGCAAAGACAACACUAGUUUCCCAAUGAAGAAACUCUCUGAGAGCGAUAUCUUUGCUUAGGUUACAAAUCUCUGACUUUGCGCUAUCUGCUGAGCCCCGCAACCACAGCCAUCUCAGACUGAGAGAAGCUUGUAGGAGGAAAUGAGAUGGGAAAAUGAUUUUCACACUGGAAGUCUCUGGGAUUCUGCUCAGUUGCUGGUUUCUUCAGUGUUUUAUUUUUUUAAAUCAAUGGAUGGAGCAUUUAUUAGCAAAUGUGACAUUUUAAGCUAUGAUACUGUAUGAUACGGUAUGAAGAAACAAAAACACUAUGAACAGACAUUGAGUCAUCAUGAUACAUCUUUAACUACAUCUAAUGAUUUACCUUUUAUUAGAUACCGAAAAAUAUUGACAAAACAAAAACUACAUGCUUUAUACUAACUUUUUGUAGGUGGAAGGGAAUCACACACUUUAAUACUUUUGCUACUAUUAUACUAAUAAUUCUUAAACCAAAGAUCUUUUAUUAAGUAUUUCCAUUGAGAUUUUAAAAAAAUUAUUGGCAAUUCUAUAUGACACUGUUUAUAACUUUUAAUGCUCUUGUUUUUAACUGCUCACUUGGAUAUUUAGCACUAUACGCUUUUUAUUAUUUCACUUGAAUUAUGUUUUGGAUUUAAGGACUUCCUGCCUUUGAUCAGUGGCCUUGUUGCUAUCAGUCUCCGUUAUCUCAGUCUAAAAACUUUAAGUAAGAGAAGGUGCAUUAACCGUCAAGUACUUCUGCUUGGAUAAUAUUGCCUUGUAUACUGAUCGAAGGAAAUCACACACUUUUGUUUGAUUUUUGCAUAUUCAAUAAUGAAAGUAUUCUUUUGUAUAUGUCUCAGGCACAUAGAUCAUUUUUAAUUUGUAUGUUUUGUAAGUGAAGUUCAGUAUUGAGAAUAGCGAGGCUGUUACAUCAUUACUUUAAAGUUUUAAUUCCUCUAGAAAAAUUGGCACUUUAGAGGUUAGAAAUGUUAAGACGUAAAAACGUUUGGACGUGAAGACACCUGUGGGAUCAUAUUGAAGGAAUUUGCCUAGGAAUGGGCCUGUUUAUAUGUGUUUAUAUAUAGGAGGAUCUAUAUGUAAAAUUUGUGUGCCAGUUUUAUGGCUCAAGCAGUGUAAUAUUAUGAAAUCCUCAUUAAGUCUCUGUAUUUUUAUGUAAUCGGUAAGACUUUACAAUAAGGUUGUAUUAGUUAGCAUUAGUUAAUGCAAAAUGCAUUAGCAUGAAUAAUUGCCAUUGCAAUAAUUGUUUUUUCAUUGCAGCCACAAAUGGCCAUGUUCAACAUCGUAUAAUGAAAUAUCUGUGGUGUAUUUUUAGCUGAAUCUUUACAGACACAUUCUGGGGAUACCAGAGACUAUAUUAUAUUGCUGAAAACACAUAGGUUAGGGGCCCUUUAAUAAAUGCUGAAAAAAUGUAUUGUUAGUUUUUGUUAGCUAAUAGAUUUAGUAACAAAUACAACCUUGUUGUAAAGUGAUACCAUGCACUCUUACCCAAUAACCUUGAGGGGUUUAUAUUUUAUUAAUAAAAAUACACUGUUUGUACAGACACACAUCACACAGUUUAUUAAAGCAUCUAUUGAGAAAACAACUAUUUUAAGAAAAUAAACAUUUGUUUAAUAAAGUUGUAAAAGAA